AUGGAUCGCAUCAAGGCUACUGCAAGCAUCGCUGCUGACGAAGUUCGUUCUAUCGAAUGGUCUAGUGUCAAGCGCAACACUGUUCUUGUCGCUUGGAUGGUUUCUGGAUUGGUUGCCUUCCUUGCCCCCAUCAUCCAAUGGACUGUCCACAAGAAGUCGUUCUACCGUUCCCAGGGAUACAUGAUCGAAUACGAGAACCAACAGCGUGAAUACGAAGAACAACAAAACCAGAACCAAAACGGAGAAUACCAAUACGGAAACGAAUCCGAGUACGGUUACCUCUACAAGGAGUGCAGCUGGUGGAACGUUGCCUGCCAACGCCAACAAAUGAGAUACGCCGAGUACUACAUGGGCGGUGAACAAGACCAAAAUGAAGCCAACAACUACAACGAACAAAUUCCAAGCUGGUUCGUCUUCCUUUCCGGUGGACAAUCCGAAGAACUGAACCAAUGGAAGGAGGAGAACACCGGAGUCCGCCAAGAAAUGGACGAGACUAGUCCCACUGCUGGAGAAAUCAUGGCCGUCAUUUACAUGUUCCUUGUUCUCUUUGUUGUCCUUAUCAUUGGAUGCGGAACUUUCUACAAGUCCCGCCCAUUCUCUACCUUGAAGUGGGGACUUGCUUUCCUCAUCAACAUGAUUGUUGUCAACUUCCUCCUCUUGCCUUCUAUCAUCUCCAACGAGGACCGCAUGUGGGAUGAAUCCAUCUACGGCUUCUACGGACAAAUCGGUGUUCUUAUGGCCUACUUUGAUUUCUGGGUUCUCAUCUUCUCCACUGUCUUUUUGAUUGUCUUGCAUAGAGAAGAAAAGAAGAGCGACCAAGAGCCAGUCAAAAUCCAAGAAGAAGACUACAAGACCAUGUCUGCCUAA